AUGGUCGUAGUCGUGAGCGACUCCACGAAUCUCAUCGCCCGCGUGUCCGAAUAUGUGGACGAACCGUUCCAGUUGGAUCGGAUUCAGGAUGCCUACGGCUUUGCCGGCGAAUGCCACGACGGGCAAAUGCGGAUCUCCGGCGACCCCUACAUCGUCCACCCGCUCGCCGCCGCGACAAUCCUGGCCGACCUGCAUCUUGAUCCCGACACCAUCAUCGCCGCCCUGCUGCACGACGUGGUGGAAGACUGCGGCGUUACCGUGGAGGCCCUUGACCAACGGUUUGGCCCAGACGUGGCGCGCCUGGUUGACGGCGUAACCAAACUGACGCGGGUCGAUUACCGACCGCCCGGCGUUAACGGCAAUACCGCCACCGACGCGGAAAACCUGUACGCCGAAAGCCUGCGCAAGAUGCUCGUGGCCAUGGCCGAGGACAUCCGCGUGGUGCUCAUCAAGCUGGCCGACCGGCUGCACAACAUGCAAACGCUGGACGCCCUGCCCGAAGACAAACGGGUCCGCAUCGCCCAGGAAACACUGGACGUUUACUCGCCGCUGGCCCAUCGCCUGGGCAUUUGGGAACUGAAGUGGCAGCUGGACGACCUGGCCUUCCGACACCUCAACGAGUCCGCCUAUCGGGAGAUAUCGCGGAUGCUGGCGGCUCGCCGCUCCCAGCGUGAGGCAUACGUCGACGAGGUGGCUGCGCAUCUGCGGGAAGAACUCGCGGUCAACGACCUGCAGGCCGAGGUCAACGGGCGACCCAAGGGCAUCUAUUCCAUCCACAACAAGAUCGAGAAAUACGCCGCUGAGGGGAAAGAACUCAGCGAUAUUUAUGACCUGUACGCCCUGAGAGUCAUUGUUGACGACGUGGCCGAUUGCUACAAGGCCCUCGGUAUUGCGCAUCGUAUGUGGAGCCCGAUGCCGGGGCAGUUCGACGACUACAUCGCCACACCCAAGCAGAACCUGUACCAGUCGCUGCAUACCACGGUUAUCUGCGACGGCGGCCACCCGCUGGAAGUGCAAAUUAAAACCCACGAGAUGCACCGUAUCGCGGAAUACGGGGUGGCGGCGCACUGGCGGUACAAGGAGGGGGCCGGCCCCAACGGUAGCAAGGGUCGCUUUGAAGAGCGCAUGACCUGGCUGCGGCAACUGCUGGAAUGGCAGCGGGAGACUCCCGACACCACCGAGUUCCUGGAAUCGGUGCGGGAAGACCUGUUCCACGACCAGGUGUUCGUCUACACGCCCAAGGGCGACAUCAUGGAGUUGGCCGCCGGCGCGACGCCCAUCGACUUUGCGUACAAGAUUCACACCGACCUGGGGCACCGCAUUUCCGGCGCCAAGGUGAACGGCCGGCUGGUAUCGCUGGACACGCCGCUGCAAAAUGGCGACACAGUGGAAGUGGUGGCCGGCAAAACCGGUCGCGGCCCAUCGCCCGACUGGUUGAACGCAUCGCGCGGGUACGUGGCCACCAACAGCGCGCGGCAGCGGAUUCGGUCAUGGUUCAACCGGCAGGCUCGCAGCGCAAACAUCAAUCGCGGCCGGGAGUUGCUGCGCCGUGAGAUGCACCGCAUGGGGUUGAAAAUCAGUGACCGCGAAGUCGUGGACCUGUGCCGCUUCGACACCAUGGAAGACCUGCUGGCGGCUCUCGGUUCCGGCGAACUCAGCGACGCAGCGCUGUCCAACCGCCUGACCCAGCUGCGGGCCGAUGAGGUAGACCAGGCCGGCUGGAUGCCCAAGACCAAGGGGCCGGUACCCCUGGACAGUCCAUCGUCGGGCAUAAUGGUGCUGGGCGUGGGAGACCUGCUGACUCGCAUCGCCGAUUGUUGCUCGCCCAUUCAGGGCGACGCCAUCAUUGGGUUCGUAACCCGUUCGCGGGGCGUCAGCGUCCACAAAACCGGGUGCAUGAACGUGUUCAACGAGGACGAAAAGGAGAGGUUGGUGCCGGUGUCCUGGGGCGAAAAGCGGGAGCUUUACCCGGUGCGUCUGCGUAUCGAAGCCAUCGACCGGGUGGGUCUGCUGCGGGACGUUACCACCAAGCUAUCGGAAGAUAAAAUCAACAUCGCCUGGGUGGUAACGCGCGAGAACGACGAUGCCACUGUCAGCAUGGAGUUGACCAUCCACAUCGGCAGCCUGGCCGAACUCAACCGCGUAUUCUCCCGCGUCGAAGGCAUCCGGGGCGUAACCUCCGCCAACCGUGUCACCAGCAGCCCGCUGCGCCAAACCACCAGCUAG